CAGCUGAAUCUACUGAGUCCAGGUGCUCUGAUUCAAUUCCUUCCAUCAUUAAGUGCCCUUAUAAAGGGAACUAAACGGAAUGGCGCUAAACAAAUCAAUGCAUCCUCGAAAUCGCUACAAGGACAAGCCACCAGACUUUGCUUACCUGGCCUCUAAGUAUCCAGAUUUUCAGAAGCAUGUGCAGAAUACACUAUCUGGCCGAGUUAUGCUAAACUUUAAGGACCCAGAAGCGGUGCGUGCUCUGACGUGCACUUUACUGAAGGAAGACUUUGGCCUAACCAUUGAGAUUCCACUGGAGCGCCUCAUCCCCACUGUUCCAUUACGCCUCAACUACAUCCACUGGGUGGAGGACCUCACUGGAGGUCAGGGAAACCCACGCCGGGGCAUUGAUAUUGGUACUGGGGCCUCCUGUAUCUAUCCUCUUUUGGGAGCCUCCAUGAAUGGAUGGUACUUCCUUGCUACAGAGGUGGAUGACAUUUGCUUUAAUUAUGCCAAGAAAAAUGUUGAACAAAACAACAUGGCAGACCUCGUUAAAGUGGUAAAGGUGCCCCAGAAGACCUUGCUAAUGGAUGCAUUAAAGGAGGAGUCAAUUGUGUACGAUUUCUGCAUGUGUAAUCCCCCUUUCUUUGCUAACCAGUUAGAGGCCAAGGGAGUAAACUCAAGAAACUCGCGCAGACCCCCACCCAGCUCUGUAAACACAGGAGGAGUGACUGAGAUUAUGGCUGAAGGAGGCGAGUAUGAGUUUGUGAAAAGGAUCAUCCAUGACAGUGUGCAGCUUAAAAGAAGGCUCAGGUGGUACAGCUGCAUGCUAGGGAAAAAGUGCAGUCUGGUCCCUUUAAAGGAAGAGCUGAGGAAACAAGGGGUUCCUAAAGUCACACAUACGGAGUUCUGUCAGGGUCGCACUAUGCGCUGGGCUCUGGCCUGGAGCUUCUAUGAGGACGUAAGAGUGCCAUCUCCACCGUGUAAGAAGCGCAAACUGGAGAAGGUUCGUAAGCCGCUGACUUUUACUGUGGCAGAGGCAACAGCAGCUGAGCUGCACUCACAGGCCUUAAGCACAGGCCAGACACUCACACGAGUGGAGAGCGUCACCUACUGGCUGGAGAACAUUCUUACAGACCUGAAGGUUUUAAAUAAACGUGUGCCCUCUGGUGACUCAGAGCUUAGUCUCUUCCUAACAGCCGUAGAGAAUACAUGGGUCCAUGCCCGGCAAAAACGACGUGACCAGAGCCGCCAGCUUCGUGAGUUGCCCAAAGCCCUGAAUCCUGCUCCUUCUGACACAAGCAGCUUGACACCAGCAGAUGGUGACUCAGAGGGCCACAGCAGUGAGGAAAAAAACAAGCCACAGCAGGAUUUUGAAAUUGAUACAAAUGUCCCCACUGAGAAACCCAGUACAGAAACACAAGAGCCCAGUGUUUCUCGAAGCUCCAGUCCAGUCCAGCAGUUCCUCUUUAAGUGCCUAAUGAAUGUGAAGUUGGAGGGUACUGAUGUGCUGGUGGAAAUACACUGGGUGGAAGGACAGAACAAAGAUCUAAUGAACCAGCUAUGCACAUGCUUGAAGAACUCACUGUUUCGCAAAAUGGUGAAGCCCAUGUAACUCCAAUUCAGCCUUCUCAACACCAUAUUAGCUCUUUUUCUCCCUCAGCAUCCAAAUGAAAGAAUACCCCAGCUGUUUCAGCCUAAUCCACCAUGUAUGUGCAGUUUUUAUAGACAGUAAUUUUUAUCAGUAGUCCAUAAAGGUGUAUGUUGUUAUUUACAUUGGUUUCUAUACCAGAAUUGCUGUACAUCAGUUUUACUUAAAUGGAUCCUAUGAUUUCUGCAAUAUAAAGAAUGCUUUAAUGGCUUUGUCAAAAACAAUUAAGUAGUGUUUUGAUAUGUCUACAGUAUGCAGCUACUUCUUUUUUAAAGCCAAAGCCUGGUAGGAAUGAUAUGUGGGUGUUUUUUUUUUUUUUUUCAUUUUUAUUGUGUAUGUAUUUAUAACCAAGGUAAGAACUGCAUUACCUAAAACAGCAUAGCUAGAGUAAUUUGCUGGUUUUCUGGUUAAAAACCAGAUUUCCUAGAUCAGGGUAUGCUUAGUUUACAUCUACACUGUGAGUUUGAAAAAGGGACCCCUGUACCAUUGCUCAUAAUUUUGAAAGAAUUUUGAAAGUUGAUCAACAUUUGCCAUUGACACAAUGAGGCCAUUUUACUUAUUUAAAAUAUCGGUUACUAUGACAACCUUUUGUGUUUAUGCUCAACGACAGCAGACGGCAAUAUUGUAACACAUGACAACAUUUUUUAGAGACCAGAAUUUUAAUAACUUAUUUGCUUAACAGUUAUAAACUGUAUAAAAUUACUUGCUGAAUUUCUAGAGCAAAACUGGAAAAGGAGGAGUUAAAAAUUGCUUCGUAAGAUCUGUGAAACUGGUAGCUAUGAAACACGCAACCGUAGCGGUCGACCAAAAGUGUGCAUACUUAUGACAGCAUAGCGCAACUUCAAGAACUUGUGCUUAGCCAAGAGAACAAACAUCAAACCCAUUGGUCAGCACAUCAAAUUUCUAGGAAAACUUGACUUAGCAAGUCGUAAUAAUCUAAUCUAAAUUAUUCAUCGUGAUCAGCAUUUGCCAUUAUUUAUGAGCAAAGGUAUAGAGGUCACUUUUUUUACUCACAGUGUAUAAACAUCAAUUUUACCCUUUUGAAAUAGCAUUGUCAAUUAACCUAAUAAAUAUAAUUAGACCGAUUUACGAAGUAUAAAAACUGUAUGAAAAAUCUUUACUUUACACUUAAAUACACAGCUGAGAUUUUCAUUAUAUUUGAGUUUUGCAUAAGUAUGUUUUGGUUUUCACUACUAAAACACAUCAAAAUGAUUGUUUAUGCAGUGGAUAGUGAUUAUGUGGAAAAGGACAGACAUAUUCCAUUAACUUUACCCCUUCAGAACACCAUUUUCAUUGCUAUAAGCAAUUCUACUGUUUUUUACUUAUGUAUUUGUACCGGUGCAGUGCAUGUUUGUAGAGACAGUAAACUUUUGUAAUAAACAUUUUAACUG